ACUGCGGGAUUCGCUGUGGUUUGUUAUGAAGGACUAUACACGUGAUGGAAUGCGCAAUUUUGUGUAUCUAAAUGCACGUUCAUGCACAUAAUGUGUAUCUUUCAAUGAUAAUUUAGCACUGUAGUGUACAUUAAGGACCAAACGCAAGCUGUUUUCUCUACUGUGCUGGAUCGAUCAUCGCUACAUUGUGUAAUAUUAUCAAAAAGCCUGUCAUUUAUAACCAAAAAAAAGACUGAUUGAAACAGCAUAGCUACUCAUAAUUCAGUUACCAGAUAAGGACUAUCCUACAAUGUCUUACUGGGAUAAGGUGCUUUUCACGUACAUCGUUGGCGCGUGCUUGACUUUUGUGAAAACGGAUGUUAAUACCCAGCCAACCUUGGUCUAUAAAUGGAUAACACUAGAGUUCGAUUGGCCGAAUGACACAAUAAAACAACAAUACAUUGCAAACGAGGAUUACAUCCCAGAGAAUAACGCCAUCAACGGUAUAAAGGUUUACAACGAAAGCGUUUACUUAACCAUACCGAGGCUCAAAAAAGGUAUCCCAGCAACACUCGCGGUCGUUAUCAACAACGGAAGUGAUUCACCCGUCCUCCGUCCGUACCCGAAUUGGCAUAUGCACCGAAAAGACGACUGUGAUGCCCUCUAUCUCGUCCAGAGUAUGGAAAUCGACCCCAAUACUGGUUAUAUGUGGAUUCUGGACACCGGUUUGGUUGCUGUCGGUCCAGUUGACGUCGCCCCACUUGACCGUUGUCCACCCAAAUUGGUAAUAUACGAUAUAAACGGAGACGAAGAGGUACAUCGGUACAUUUUUGACCAGACAAAGGUAGGUGUGGGGAUGUUUUAUCUGAACGAUAUCGUUUUGGAUUACGGUGCAGAUGGCACAGCGCGAUUUGCUUACAUUUCUGACACUCUCGGGCGGAAGUUGGUUGCGUACGACCAGAAGUUGGACAAGGCAUAUAUUUUUGUUCACGAAUCUAUGCAACCGAAUCCAAAUUAUGCAACAGUGACAAUUUCAAACAGCAGUACACAGGUAAAUCCUCUGGGCAUUAACGGAAUCGCCAUAUCCUCUGACUUCCGGUAUGUCUACUACUGUUCUGUAGCUGGGCUGAGUUUGUAUCAGAUAUCUACUUCCGUCUUGCGUGACAGCUUCGCCACAGACGAAGAUUUUAGCCGCUCUGUGCGGAAGGUCGGUGAUAAAGUCAGUCAAAGUGAUGGCAUAUACUACGGGAAGGAACACAACUUGUAUUUCUCGACACUCGGUAGGAACGCUGUUUACAAAUGGCCGAUUUCCCAGGACAUGCAAACACAGGGCAAGGAUUCGUCCAAAGUCGAGAUGGUGACCCAAACGGUCGUCUCGAAAGAUACACGAAUGGAAUGGGUGGAUUCUCUUGGAAUGGAUGAGGACGGAGAACUUUGGUUCACUUCAAAUAACCUCCACACAUUUUUCGGGAAUUCUACCGAGGAUGGUUCGUGGAAUUAUUAUGUCUGGCGCAUGUUCGUCGACGACUCAAGUUAUCUGAACAUCACUGGUUUGACUGUGAUCGCUCCGACACAAGGGUCGGGCGAUCUUACUUCAUCAAUGGUUUGCCUCCUAAUCGGCGUCGCUACCUACGUCAUAAGCACGUGCAUGAGUUGUUGGUGUGCUUAUAAAAGGAGAUUUAUUGUCAAUUUAGACUUAUUGAUUGUGCACAAGGUAUUUGAUCCGCGGAUAUUCGCAAAGAUGACGUUUUUUCGAAUGUUCAGUAUUUUGUGUGUCUUAUUCAGCAUACAAUUAUGCUCAAGUGUGGACGAUUACGUCAUAUACCGUUGGCAGUUCUUAGAUUAUGAAUGGCCGGAUAUGGAAACGAGGAGCCAGUUUGUAGCCAACGGUUCGUACAUCCAAGAAAACAAUCAGCUUGGUAACAUUAGAGCAUUUAAUGGAAGUGUUUACGUCACUGUACCACGCCUGCGCAAAGGCGUUCCAUCUACACUUAAUGUUGUUGUUGGGCAGAACGACACCGAUUCACCGCUGCUACGGCCGUUUCCUAAUUGGGAAAUGAACCAAGGCGCAACAUGUGACCACUUCCGGUUUGUAAAUGCAUUUGAGAUAGAUCCCAAUACGGGAUGGAUGUGGAUAGUGGAUACUGGAUAUUACCCAGCAGUCUCUGUUAGACCGGAUGGUCAUGUGAAAUGUCCAGCAAAACUUGUGAUAUUUGAUCUAAAGAACAACAUAGUGUUACAUAGUCACAUAUUCCCUCCCCUCGUUGUGGGAUAUGGUAAUUUUUAUCUCACAGACAUGGUCUUGGAUUUUACUGACAACACAGUCACGCAUGCGUACAUAACAGAUACGUAUGACUGGAAAUUGAUCGUGUAUGAUCACAAUAUGAACUACUCCCACUCCUUCGUUCAUCCUUCCAUGAACCCCGAAUCUGGAUUUUCAAACAUAACCGUUCAUAACAAGACAGAGAUUAUCAGAGACUUAGGUAUUCGAGGGAUAGCAAUGGCUCCCGAUUUUAAGUUUGUAUAUUACACUGCAUUAGCUGGACUACGCUUGUUUAGAAUCCCUACAUCUGUGUUACGAGAUUUCAAACAUGACAGUGUAUAUUUCGCUUUUAAUGUUAAAAAGGUUGGAAACAAAGUUUCUAUUGGAGAAGGCAUGUACUGUAGUCAGAAAAACAGCCUUUUCUUUAGUGCUCCAAAUAUCAUUUACAAAUGGUCUUUAGCUGACACUGUGGAUGUCCGUCUACCUUUACCUAGCAACGUAACGUACGCAUCCCAAUCUGUAGUUUUUAAGGAAGGAGAAAUGAAUUGGAUAUCUUCUUUAACCAUAGACGAGGACAAGAAUUUGUGGUUUACGAGCAGGCCUCUUGGUUUUAUCUCCAAACAGAACUACAGUAAAUGGAACUAUUUUGUGUUGCGUACCGAUAUAGGUGUUAAGGGGUAUAUGGAUUUUAGUGUUGAAGCAAAAGGACUUGUACAAGGUGCAGCGAUAUAUCAACCUACCAUUCUUACUUUACUUAUCUGUUGUAUGUUAGGUAUGUCACUGACAAACAUUCAAUGAUGGUUUUUUUUUAGAUCAAGUUAACCUCACUUCCGGUUUUAACUUAGUUCCCAUAUCCAUUUUCUGCUUUGUGUAUCAUAUUCAAAUUGCCAGUUGAUAGUUUCCAACUUUCAAAUAUCUGUAUAUUGUGAUUGACAAACAUGUGAACAAACUUGCCAGAUAAAUUUCGGCAUGAAUUGUUGCUUUGUGAAUCUCGUCACCUCGAAAUCAGCGGGGAUCAUGGCAAACUUCCAGGUAUCCUUAGUAUUCCAGGUAAUCGGCUAUAUUGAUAUAUAUCUUUACUUUCGGAACUGAACUUUUACUUCGAAUUAAGCAGAAUCUUCGAGUUAUCAGAGUUCGAUAUAUCGAAGUGUGACGAUAUUUUUUAUAUUGGUUUAAUGAUAACCGUAACAACAAUAGGGGUAUUAUUUGCAUUCGUGUUUCAAUGUAAAGCCUGAAGCAACAUAAAUGUUUUAUGCAAACAGUCUCUAGACAAGUGAAUAUGCUUCGUGUCUGUGCCUCAAUGAAUCUUUGAGACCAUUGGGCCUACAAUCGCGCCAUGAAAUUAUCAUUAUCGACAGUGCGAGAACAAUGUAGUUUUCUGCAUUUCGAAAAAUAUCUCUGCUUGUGUCACUUUACUGGAAAUUAUUUAAUCGAAAUAGAACAUGUAUUUUUUAUUUUAGUAAUAAAUCAUGCAUAAGAAGGA